AUGCUAGCUACGCCUCGUCCCCGCUCAACUUUUUCAAACGCGCAGAUUGCGGAGUACUUCUACUCACCGUGCCGUGACCAGUACGAUGAAUCCGUGCCGGAGUACUUUCGCUGCCGCUGCGAGAAGCGAGCAUCCAACCUUCCAAGAAGAGAUGCUCGCUGGCACAACAGCUCAGAUCGGUUCGGUGGCACACGACGCUCGCCGGACGGCUAUGAACCACUUCGGCUGGCUCGAGUGGAUUGUAAAGGCAAAUCUGCCUUUAUGUUCUGCGAGAACGCGUACACUUCCUUGGAGCCGAUAUCAGUGGAAACUCUGCGUGCACUGCUCGAAGGCGUUACGCGUUCUGUGGAAGCAGCUGUUGCUGCAGAGCUGCCGGACGCUUUUGGCAUCAUGUUUGACGGGUGGGCCCACUCAUCCGAACAUUUCGUCGCAGUAUUUGCGUAUUACGAAGGCAAUGGCAUUGCUAAGUCGGUGCUGCUGAGCAUGGCCCCUGUGAUUAACGAGCCCGACGAGGACCUGUCGGCCCAUACCCACCGCGACGUUUUGGCGGAAAUGCUCGAGCGAGAUUUUGGUAAGGAUUUAAGUUGCUGCAAGUACCUAGUUGGAGACAACUGUUCAAUGAACAGGAGAUUGGCAACCAUCAUGCAAGUGCCGCUGGUCGGAUGCGCUAGUCAUCGACUAUAUCGGGCCGUUCAGCAGCAUUUGGCACAGAACGAGGACGAUUUGGCUGUUGUGCAAGCCCUGAUGGCCAAGCUGCGGACGAUUAAGCAGUCGACAAAACUUCGAUUUAAGACAACACUUUGGCCAGCAAUUCGGCAGGAUACCCACUGGGGGUCCACCUUUUCAAUGGUGCAUCGCUACUUUGCUCUACUGGAGUUCCUGGACCUAGACGACGAAGAGCUUAUGGACUUGCUGCCGCCUCCGGCAUGCAACCGCCGGCUCAAGAAACUCUACGCAGAUCUCAAGGACUUUGAGUCAGUGUCCAAGGCCUUCAAGGAGGAACGUGAGCCUACUGGACGUGCGGGUCUGGGGUGCGUCCGUGUGCUCAAAGGAAAUGGAGCCCGCCUCACCGCGUCGAAGAAAUGGGCUCUUCGUCCUUUUCUCCAAGUGGACCCUGCCCCGGACAACAAUCGUGAAGAAGCCGAGACGCACUCGCUUGUGCAGCGGCUUGAGAAGCGGUGCCGUCUUGGAGCACGAGAAGCUCGGUACUGCCUCGUAGGCAGCAUCCCCGCCACCUCGAACAAGGUGGAGCACUUCUUCAGUGUUGCGCGUGCAACUCUUGGACACGAGCGUAAUGGCCUACAGCCCAUUGCGCUCGAAAUGGUCCUUUCCUGCGUGAAAAUUCCCGCUUUUGGGAUGGUUCUACUGUAG